AUGAUUGCGGAUGACAGCAUGUCCGAUGAUGUUUUUGAAAUGGAUGAAGCAGGUGGUAAUUCAUAUUCUGGAAAAGGAUUAAAUGUUUUGGCCAACACAACUCAUAGAACUCCAUCUCCUACCGGUUAUAAAGAUUAUCAACCUCCAAAAGAACUUUUCGAAACUAAAACUCAUACCGAAGAAAUCGCACACAAAACGAUUUUAUUAGGUGAUAGCGGUGUUGGAAAAACUUCUUUACUCGUGCAAUUCGAUACUGGAAAAUUUAAGGGAGGAAAUUUUGCUGCCACUGUGGGAAUAGGAUUUAUGGUAUGA